CUGCGAGGUACAGUUAACUUUUGUGUGUUAAGUGACAAUUUUGGCAUUUUGUGACUUAACGAGACGGUUACUAGUUUUAGUUUUAAAAACUUUUUUAAUACAUCUUGGUCAAUAUGAGUGCUCCAUUAUUAUUCGCGUGUUCCCGUUGUUUCGCUCGCCACCCUUUCGAGGAACUUUCUGCCGGGCAACAGCUGUGUAAAGAAUGUCGGGGGGCAUUUCCCGUGGUGAAAUGCACUUAUUGUCGAUCAGAAUUUCAACAAACGUCUAAAGGAAGUACAAGUACUAUUUGUAAAAAGUGUGAGCAGAAUGUAAAAUCUUAUGGAAAACCAACCGCUUGUGAGUAUUGUAACAUUAUUGCAGCAUUUAUAGGAAAUAAGUGUCAACGAUGUACAAAUUCUGAAAUUAAAUAUGGCCCUCCCGUCAACUGUGAACAGUGCAAACAAAAAUGCGCUUUUGAUAGACAAGAUGAUGAUAAAAAGGUGGAUGGAAAGCUGUUAUGUUGGUUGUGCACUCUGUCUUAUAAAAGGGCUUUAGCUAAAACUAAACAAGGAGAUGCUGAACGUAGGGCACAUAUGAAAAUAUCUCAAUUGCAUAAAAAUAAACAUAAGGAGGGAAAGCUACGUAGUCACAACAAAAGACCGAAUCGACCAGAUGUUACCAAAAUACCGCCUCCGGAAGAUGCUCCGCCAAAUAAAGUUGCACGUAAUAAUUCUGCUCCCGUGUUGGUAAGAGCUGACCUUGAUCCUAACAGCUCUGACCAUGUCGUUGCCAUGACACAAUUAAAAGAGCAAAUUGCAAGUUUACAAAAACAACUUAGUCAAAAAAAUGCAGAACUUCUAAAAAAAGAUAAAAUGAUUACAGAACUUAAAGCAAAUAAUUUUACUACUGAAAAUGAAUUCAGAAAAAAACUGAAGACGGUUCAAAAGGAACAUGAAGAUAAAGUGGAUUCUUUAAACAAUCGUAUUUCCAGUCUUCUUAAAGAAGUUGCAAGUCUUUCUAAGACUGCUAAAAAGGGUAAAGGAGUAUCCGUUACAUCUGCUUCUGGGGACAACAAUAGUAGUGGUACAGACAGUCCAAGUAUACAAUAAGUUAUGCAAAUAUUUGUUGGAUUUUAUCAUGGCUACAUAAACUUUUAAAUCAUUAAGUGAUUUGAAGUGACGUAAGUAAACAAAAUUUUUAAAAGAAUUGUUAAUUACAUAUCUCGGUUACAACAAAAAAUAUAUUUUGUAUAUUAAGGGUAAAAUUGAAUUUUGCAUGUAUUACAAGAGUAUUUCUAAUGUAACUUUUCUUUAUAAUUUAUUUGUAAAAUAAAGAAUAAAAACUUAAAA